GUAAUUGUUCCAGUUUUCGCUUAAUGUUUACAGUUGGAUGUACGGUAAUACUGGGCGUGACGAUAAUAAUCCCGAUAUGCAUGAUCGCGAUGGGUUCGAUAUAUCUGCACGAGUGUCCGCAGGGCGAGUACAUACCUGUUUACCUGCUGGUCGGAGGUAUCUUCGGAAUAGUCAAGCAGCUUUUGCACCUGUCCGCGCGAGUCCGGAAACGCGAGGAGGAGCGCGAAGAGGAGCAUCUCAGGCAAUCGCCCACGCAGACUUUGCUCAACUGCUUCAUGCUCGGAUGGUUCAUCAUAGGAUCCGUGUGGGUGUAUAAAGAGUUCGAGCCGAACUACGAUCCAAUGAAAGAGAACGGAAAGUACUGCAACAAGAGUUUGUAUCUCUUCGCCUUCUGGUUGAUCACAUCCGUCUACAUCCUGCUGGGCACCGUCACCAUAUGCCUGUGUUCUCUGAGCGUUGCCAGCAUCAUCCUGCAGCCGAAGAUCGGCGCCUGCCAGAACGAAAUAAGCGAGAGGCAGAAUCACCAGCAGCAGCAGCAGGAGGAAUGGAAUCCAGAUGCGCCGUGGUGACUGCUGUUUCGGCCACGGGUCGAACACAUUUUUCCUUUCUGUUGACGCAUUUCAUUGUUAUUGACCUCGACUCGCGGACUGUACAUUUCCUCGACCAUCCACUUCCUAUCUGAAGGAAUCUCAGCAGCUAAGUCUCAUUUUCUUUCUUUCUUCUUUUCUUAAUACUUCUCUACUUUUUUUUAUAUAUAUAUAUAUACACUGGCUCACAGUAUACAAUCUUCGCGUAUUCGAGUUAGUUGCAGUUUUAUAUGAAUCAAUUAUUCGUGGAAAUCAAUGAAACUAAACUAACAAAAUUAUUUAUGAACGUAUGGGAAAUACUGGGAAUUGUGCAGUAAUCAACGAUUCCAGCAAUAUGAUAGCAAAUCCAAUUACAUUAUAAUUGUCUACUACAAACGUCAAUGAAAUUAACGCAAAACAUUAGGAAUUUACUGCGAAUUUCGCCAAAUCAAUGUUUCCAAUUAGUGUACAAAUUAGUUUCAAUACAAUCAUCGAUAAUAAUCAAUGAAACUUUCACAAAACUAUAUGAAUUUGCAACUAUGAGCAAAUAUUUCAAAAAUUCUAUAGUUUCAUCAACAUUUCCAACAAUUUUUUUAGAAAUAUUAAAAAAAAAACGUUAUGAAUUUGCACUAAAAUCAAUAUUACGAACAAAACUUUUGAUGACUGACUCAGAAUUUCAGUAAUUUCCAUCAAAAUUAAU